AUGCGCAUGGAGCGAGACUGGACGGUGCACGACGGAAACGCCUUCGCUCAACAUAUCGCCGAGCAGCGGCGAGCGCGGGCCAGGCCACAUCCGGGCAGCGGCAAGAAGGACUGGCGGAAGCGUGCGCAGGACUGGGCGUGGGCACCGGGCAACGACCCAACGGCCGCCGCUUCGGACCGCUCUUCCUGGGAGGCCGUCGAGGUGAAUGGGUUGGGAGCGAGGGGGCAACAGUGGUCGGUGCACGACGGCAAGAUGUUUGCCAAUGCCGUGAGGACGGGCGUCGGGCGGGCGCCGAACGAGCGGCGGCUGCUGCACGGGGCCAGCCCAACGGACGCGGCCCUAGCAGAGCUGCUCGAGAGAUGGAGCGACGGGUGGGGCGCGAGCAGGCGUGAGGCCGAGCGCGACGCCGCCGCGCAAGCCGUGCGGUAUCUGCCCCCGAGCGCGCUUGCGCCAGCCGCGCGCGCGGCAGGAGACUGCAUGCUGCCGCCGCUGAGCAUGGCGGAACUGGCUUCGCCCGAGCGCGCCUCCCGGAUCGACGACUACGAGCUCCUCCGCCCCCUCGGGCUCGGCCAGUUUGCUAUUGUCUGGCGCGUAAGGAGGCGUGACUCCGGGGAGGUGCUCGCCCUCAAGCUCACCCGGCGGCCCGUCGCCCUCGCCUCGACCCUCGCCGCUCCCGGCGAUCAGCCGCUCCGGGCCGACGGACGCGCAGACUGCCCGAGAGCACCCGAGAUUUCGCCGAUGGACGCGGAGUGCUUCCGGCUCGAGGUCACGGCGCUGCUCGCCAUCUCUGGCAAGGGCGCCACCAGCUACUCCAUCACCGGCAGUGGCAGCGGCAGCAUCAUCAGGGGCAGCGGCGGCUCCAUCGUCGGACCACCACUCGAACCGCUCUACCGCGCGCACGGCUUCGCCGCCGAGGCGGGCGGCCUGCGAGGCUUCGUCGUGAUGGGCCCUCCUUUCGUCGCGGCGGCACGCUGCUGCGCGAGAUUGCUUGUCGACUUCGGCCUCUCGGUCCGCCUCGAGGGCCUCGGGGCCGAAGGCGGAGAGCAUGCAGGAGAGGGCGGAGGCGCGGCCGCAGCGGUGCGCACCACUUUCCAGGCGGAGCAGCGCGUGGGCGUCUACGAGUACAUGUCGCCAGAGGUGUUCCACUGCCGUCCGUUCGGGGCGGGCGUCGACACGUACGCCUUCGGGGUGCUGCUCUACCGCGCGCUCAAGGCGGCGCAGCCGCUCCCGCCCUUGGCGCAGCUCUGGAGCUACCUUGCCGAGGCGCCCUUUGCGUGGACGGGCGCAGACUGCUUCUUCGCCAGGUUCGCCACGCCCGCCCUCUCGCCGCACUGGCCGGCUGCCCUCUCCGAGCUGGUGAGCCGCUGCACGAAGCCGGACGAGGAGGAGAGGCCCUCCAUGCGGCAGUUUAGUUGGGCAUUCGUGGAGAGCACAAUGCAUAAACGGCGUCUACGCAGAGCCUCGGCAGCGAUGGCCGAUGCGCCCGCGCACGUGUCGGUCACUGCGUGA